AUGGAAGCGAUGUCUCCACAGCAGGAUGGUCUAGCGGGGCAGCCGGGGCGCUCCUCCUCGCUGACAGGGAUGUCUCGCAUCGCGGGAGGCCCCGGCACCAAGAAGAAAAUGAAAACACUAGCAGAAAGGAGGAGGAGUGCCCCGUCCCUUAUCCUGGACAAGGCCUUGCAGAAGCGGCCGAGUACCAGAGACAGCCCCUCUGCUAGCAUCGACACGUGUGCAUUUCUGUCAUCAUUCAUGUGCUCCAGUAGGACUCUGCUGAUUGAUGGUCCAGUGGAACUUCAAAGAGGCCUGCAGAGGCAGGAGCGGCAUCUUUUCCUAUUCAAUGACCUGUUUAUUGCAGCCAAAAUCAAAUAUAACAACAAUUUUAAGAUAAAAAAUAAAAUCAAGUUGACUGACAUGUGGACAGCAAGCUGUGUGGACGAAGUGGGAGAGGGCAACACCAAUGCCCUGAGGUCCUUUGUCCUGGGCUGGCCCACAGUGAACUUUGUGGCCACUUUCAGCUCUCCAGAACAAAAGGACAAAUGGCUCUCUCUCCUUCAGAGAUACAUCACUCUAGAAAAAGAGAAGGACUAUCCGAAGAGCAUUCCCCUCAAAAUCUUCGCCAAGGACAUUGGGAACUGUGCCUACUUUAAAACUAUAACAGUAAUGAACUCAGACACAGCAAAUGAAGUUAUCAACAUGGCACUACAAAUGUUGGGGAUAACUGGCUCAGAGAGAGAUUACCAGCUGUGGGUGAAUUCAGGAAAAGAAGCAGCUCCAUACCCACUUAUCGGCCAUGAGUACCCUUAUGGAAUUAAGAUGAGCCAUCUCCGAGACACUGCCCUCCUGACCCAGGGAUCCAAAGGCUCGACCACCCCAUCCCAGCUCCAGGAGCCUUUCCUCAUGGAACAGCUGCCGCGGGAGAUGCAGUGCCAGUUCAUCUUGAAACCCAGCCGCCUGGCGACAGCCCAGCAACUGAGCGACUCUGGCCAGAAGACGUUUAAAAGAAGGCGCUCUAUCAUCAACUGGGCUUUUUGGCGGGGUUCCAGCACUCACCUGGACAACCUGCCCAUGUCACCGACAUCCCCUAUGCCAGGACAGCUCUUUGGAGUUUCUUUACCAGAUAUUUGUGAGAAUGACAAUCUACCAAAACCUAUCUUGGAUAUGCUUUUCUUUCUUAACCAAAAAGGCCCUCUCACCAAAGGCAUCUUCAGGCAGUCGGCCAACAUGAAAUCCUGCAGAGAGCUGAAAGAGAAACUGAAUUCUGGAAUUGAAGUCCACCUUGACUGUGAGUCAAUCUUCGUGAUAGCGUCUGUGCUGAAGGAUUUUUUGAGAAAUAUCCCAGAAAGUAUUUUUUCAUCAGAUCUGUAUGAUCACUGGGUUUGUGUUAUGGAUCAAGGAAACGAUGAAGAAAAAAUUAACAUAAUUCAAAGGCUAUUAGAUCAGCUUCCCAGAGCCAAUGUUGUUUUCCUAAGGUAUCUGUUUGGGGUAUUACACAACAUUGAACAACAUUCCUUAUCUAAUCAGAUGACUGCAUUUAACUUAGCAGUGUGUAUCGCUCCAAGCAUUCUUUGGCCUCCUACUUCCUCCAGCCCAGAACUAGAAAAUGAAUUUACAAAAAAGGUUUCACUUCUUAUACAAUUUCUGAUUGAAAAUUGCUGUAGGAUAUUUGGAGAAGAAAUCACUUCUCUCUUAGGGGAUCUUCCUGAGAGAAGCGACAACAGAGAACACACCUCAGAUACGUCUUGUUUCCAAAUGAACGACUCCUCUUACGACAGCUUGGAAAAUGAGCUCAAUGAGGACGCGGAUGCUCCAUGCAGUGACCUGGUGACAAAACUUGGCCAGGGGAGCAGAAGCAUGGACUCUGUCUUAACCCUCAGUGACUAUGACCUUGAACAGCCUGAGGUGGAAGGCCUUUUAACCCUGAGUGAUUUUGACUUAGAUCAGUCUAAAGAUGAACACAUUCAAAUGAAACAACCUCUGGAGUCCAAGCCCGUGAAUGUUUUUGUGCCCUACAGGAAAGUUUCACUGGGGGAGCACACUAGGGCCCCAGCUGGCCCAGGUACACCCAGCUGCCUGCCUGUGGCUGCAGCAGAUGCCCCAAAAGUCCUGCAGCGGCACCGGCGCUGCUCAGAGCCCAGUAUCGACUAUCUAGACACAAAGCUCUCUUAUCUCCGGGAGUUUUACCAGAAAAAGCUGCGCAAGUCCAGCUGCGAUGCUGUGCUUUCUAGAAAGGAUGAAGAUUACCUAAAGCAGACCCAGCCCCCGAAGAAAGGGGGUAAGACGUGUUUUAGACAGAGUUCAGUCACGGGCACUGACAUCAGCAAGAAAAAUGCUACUAAUGAACACAUUAAAAAGAAAAGCAUGUCUGGUCACGAAGGAAAUCAAGUGACACCAUUAACUAAGUCCAAGCCAAUGGCCAUUUCUGUGGCCUCUUACAGUCACACAUCGUCCAAGAACCAGUCCAGGAAGCAAGCCUUUGAUGCAGAUCCAUGCAGAUUCUCCCCACCACACACGGCAGAUGCCAGGAAGAGCUCGCGGGGACAUCGGCGCUGUUCAGAACCCAGCAUAGAUGACCAAAACUACAAACUGUCCUAUCUCAGGGGGAUCUAUUCAAAGAAACAACAUAAAACCAGCUGGGAGACGGGCCUCUUGCAUGAAGAAGAGGAUUAUCUAAGAAGGCAUAAGUCUUUGCAAAUCGAGGGGCAAAAGCUCAUUAACCAGAGCUUGGUCAUGGGGAUUGAGGUGGGCAAGAGCAGUGGCACACACCAAAGCACUGAGAAGGUCUUGCCCCCAAGACUCAACCUUUGCCCAAGGGCUAGCUAUUCUAGUUUAUCUUCCCCAGGCACAUCCCCGUCCGGCUCCUCAGUGAGCUCCCAGGACAGCGCUUUCUCUCAGAUCUCUGAACACUCUGUGUUUACUCCCACCGAAACUUCCUCCCCAAUAGAUUGCACUUUUCAGGCUCAGAGAAAACAGGAAGAAGAGCUGUCUACUGACUGUGGCAGUCCCGCCCUCAUACCUGGACUACCUGGUCCCUCCACGGGGCAGGCCAGCAGCCAUCUAAGUUAUUUGAGGAAGGGUCCCGUGGAGCAACCGUCCCAAAUGCAGUCUGUGACUAUUCACCCCAGCGCAUGGCUGAGAAGUGGUUUGGUCACUUUGAAAAACUGGUCCCUCAAAAAGAAAACAAGAACAGCCAGACCAGAAGACAGGAAAAUCUGUUCCCUGAAAGAACCUUUGGAGUUCCCUCCACAUGCUCCUGGUACUCCAGAGGCCGACCCUCUGCAAGAGAGUCAGGAUGAUGUACACCUAAGGGCAGAUGAAGGACCUGGAGUUGCACAGACGGCCCGUGGGUGCGGUUCCCGUGCCUGCCAGGACUCUGAGCAACACUCCACCUCUCCAUUGCACCUGCUGGAAGGCAGACUCAAGCUUGGUGUGAAGCUGCAGGAGGGAGAAGAGAGCGUAGGGCAGCGCCCUUCUGACAGCCCCUGGGGAGGAGCCUCAGCAAAUCUGGAGACUGUGGAGGAUGUGGCCAGCCCAGAUACAGAACCUACAACAGCCUGUGAUGCUGGGGACAGACAUUUAACCAAAGACAGUGACCUGCAAUAA